AUGCGGACAGAUCGGUCAUUUUUGGAGGGCCGAGAGAUCUCCCUCUUUCUCUCUCCGCAACAAGCUAACCCGCACACAAUCUUUGAUCAAAGGAAAAGUGCCCGAUCCGAAUCCAUCCACAAGAACUUCCCGGCCGCUAACCAAAUUUGUUUCGGAGGAGAAGGUGGUAUGAAACGACUCAAUCAUCGACGAACCCUUUUCUUUCUCGGAACACUCCCACCAAUACCAGAGGGCGUUCUCCCUGCACACUUGCACGAAUCUGCGCGAGCUUCAAAUGUUUUAGGGAAGAUCGACCCUGGUGGAUCGCCCAAUAGGUUCAAUUUUGCUGAUAGAGAUACCAAGAGAAGAAGCAUCAUGCGAGAAAAUGAAGUAGAUCAUCCUGAAUCCAUACGGUAUUCACCGGUGUGCCCUCCGGAUAUCGCUCAUUGUUCGGAACAAACAUAUGACACAUCGUGA